AUGCAAGCCCUUGUUGUGCCUCGGCACGCUACGUGCUGCGCGUUUCGUCUACACCACCUUCGUCGCGUGGUCUCGUCGGCCACUCCGCAUGCCGGUAUCCGAUACUCAUCCUCCAAUGCCCCUACACGAGUCGCCGUUCUCUAUCAGGCCUUGGAUCCCCCAAUCAUCAACGGCGUUCGGAAGCCCAAGAAGCCUGGUGGUUACCAAGAUUCAGGUGCCGACAUUGCCUACAAUCUUGGCCAAUGCAACAAUGUUGAGGUCAUCACACCAACUACGAACCCAAACCCCAAAGAGAAUGGCGAUUGGUGCUUUCCUGAUACCGAGCAUGGUAUCUUGGAUGCCAUCGACAAGGGGGCAAACUACCUUUGGUCCAACACAAUUGUUUUUUCCUCUCACCCGCUCCAGACGUCGGCUCGCCUGAAUGCUCACGAGAAUUCCGUACGCGUCAUUGGCCAGGGUCCUCACGUGGUCGACAAGUACGAUGACAAGCAAUUUGUCAAUGAUUAUCUUCGCGCCGCUGGUGGCUUCACCAUGCCGCGCGCCUUCACCGUAUCCUCGGCCUCCAACAUGUCCGAAUCGGCCGACAAUGUCUCAUACCCCGUUGUGGUUAAGCCGAUCCGUGGCCGUGGUAGCUACGGCGUGAAGGUCUGCCAUGACAAGAGUGAACUCUUGGCACAUUCUAGGGAACUCUCCAAAAACUCGAUGGCGUUCAUGGUGGAAGAGUUUCUUCAAGGCGAGGAAGCAACCGUCACUGUCAUGCCCCCUACGCAAGAGGGCAAGGGCUAUUGGUCGCUCCCCGUCGUCACGCGUUUUAAUCAUCAAGACGGUAUUGCACCUUAUAACGGCGUGGUGGCAGUUACGGCCAACUCGAGAGUAGUUGAGAACGGAGAAACCGACCCUCUAUACAACAAGCUGGCCAGGGAAUGCGAGCGUGCAGCAAGCAUCCUUGGCGUGACUGCACCGAUUCGUAUUGAUGUACGAAGGUUCAAGGAUACUUCGGACUCACCCUUUGCUCUGUUUGACGUCAACAUGAAGCCGAACAUGACUGGACCCGGCCGACCUGGCCGUGGGGAUCAGGCAAGCUUGACCCUAUUGGCGGCAAAUGGUCUUGGGUGGGACUACAAAGAGCUUCUGCGGCGCAUCUUGGGCACUUCAAGCUCUUUGAAGGUCUUGAGGUUGUUGAGACCCGUGACAGGAUCCAAGGAACUCUAG